AUGACAGAGGUAUGUCUGGGGAACAGAAGGGACGCCAAGAAGGAAGAGGUGCUUCCAGUUUUAGAUAAGAUCCCACGGUCUCUCCCUAUGAACACUAUCUCUCAGAUACUGUCAGCAUUUCGAACUUCUUACCCUGGAGCUAUCCACCUGGAUCCUUUACCUAAACUCCUGAGUGCUUCUGGAGAAUGUAAAGAUCUGUUUUCAGGUGAAUCUCAAACACUGUUAAGUAGGGCAGCAUUUCUAAAGUCCACGGAGCAGCACAACGGUCCACCUUCAAGUGUCGGGGAAAGACUGAUGGUCCAUUGUGACAGCAAGACAGGUAAUGCAAAUACCGAUUUCAUCUGGGUGGGUCCAGAUAACAGACUGCUAGAGCCGGAUAAAGAGAUGGAAAACUUUCACGUGUUUCACAAUGGAAGUCUGAUUAUAGAAAGCCCUCGUUUUGAGGAUGCUGGAGUGUAUUCUUGUAUCGCAAUGAAUAAGCAACGCCUGUUAAAUGAAACUGUGGACGUCACAAUAAAUGUGAGCAAUUUCACUGUAAGCAGAUCCCAUGCCCAUGAGGCAUUUAACACAGCUUUUACCACUCUUGCUGCUUGCGUGGCCAGUAUCGUUUUGGUACUUUUAUACCUCUAUCUGACUCCAUGUCCCUGCAAGUGUAAAACCAAGAGACAGAAAAAUAUGCUACACCAAAGCAAUGCCCAUUCAUCGAUUCUCAGUCCUGGCCCCGCUAGUGAUGCCUCCACUGAUGAACGGAAGGCAGGUGCAGGUAAAAGAGUGGUGUUUUUGGAACCCCUGAAGGAUACUGCAGCAGGGCAGAACGGGAAAGUCAGACUCUUUCCCAGCGAGGCAGUGAUAGCUGAGGGCAUCCUAAAGUCCACGAGGGGAAAGUCUGACUCAGAUUCAGUCAAUUCAGUGUUUUCUGACACACCUUUUGUGGCGUCCACUUAAUUUGUGCUAUAUUCGUAUGAUGUCAAAAUUUAAUCUCUUCAUAUUUAACUUUGUGUGUGGUCUGCAAAAUAAACAGCAGGACAGAAA